CAAUCAGCGAGCUGUGGGAGGAUGGCCCCGCCCCCCUGCCUGUGAGUUUGUGUGAAAGUGAGUGAGUGAGAGUACAAGGGCUCCGGCUAUUGGGACAGAUCGUGCUGAUUGCGCUUUUACCACAACAGGGACCAACAUGUCUAAAGACGCAGGCGGAGGGCAGAUGAAUUCAAACCUGAAAACCUCUCUCUCUGAGUGUAUGGAGGCUCUUGACUUAUUCCUCAGUAACAACUUCAAACAAGCUCUGGACCAGCUCCAGGCAAAGUCAAAAGACAGCAUGUACCAUGCACUUACUUAUGCCACUAUGUUGGAAAUGCAGGCAAUGAUGACCUUUGAUCCUCAGGACAUACUGAAUGCUGGAAACACCAUGAAGAAGGCUCAGGCAGUUUGUCAGAGGUAUAGAAGGAAAUCCACAGUUGUAGACUCUUUCAACAGCUUAGUCCAUAGACAGAGUCCUGAUCAAUUCACUGAAGAGGAGAUCCAUGCAGAAGUGUGCUAUGCAGAGUGCCUUCUUCAGAGAGCUGCGCUAACAUUCCUGCAGGAUGAGAAUAUGGUCAGUUUUAUUAAAGGAGGAAUCAAGGUCAGGAACAGCUAUCAGACAUACAAGGACCUUCAAAGCCUGCAGCAGUGUACAAAGUAUGCCAAAGGAGAGAAUCAUUGUCACUUUGAAGGUGGAGUAAAGCUGGGUGUAGGAGCUUUUAACCUGACCAUCUCUAUGUUGCCUACAAGAAUUUUGCGUCUCCUUGAAUUCGUCGGAUUUUCAGGAAAUAAGGAUUAUGGGUUAACACAACUGCAUGAGGGAACCACUGUGCACAGUUUCCGGGCCCUACUUUGCACCCUUCUGCUGCUUUGUUACCACACCUUCCUGAGGUUUGUGCUUGGGACAGGCAGUGGAAACAUUGAGGAAGCAGAGAAGCUUCUGGAGCCAUAUCUAAAGCGAUACCCAAAGGGGGCAAUAUUUCUUUUUUUUGCUGGAAGAAUUGAGGAAAUUAAAGGCAACAUUGAUAAGGCCAUAAGCCGAUUUGAGGAGUGCUGUGAAUCCCAGCAGAACUGGAAGCAGUUUCACCAUAUGUGCUACUGGCAGCUGAUGUGGUGUUUCACCUACAAGCAGCACUGGAAAAUGGCAUAUUUCUAUGCUGAUCUCCUGAGCAAGGAGAAUUCCUGGUCAAAGGCCACAUACAUGUACAUGAAAGCCUCCUACCUCAGUAUGUUGGCAGAAGGCGACUGUAAACCAUUUGGGGAUGAUGAAGUACAACUCUUCAGAAUUGUCCCAAGUUUAAAACUCAAGAUAGCUGGAAAAUCUCUUCCCACUGAGAAAUUUGCAAUUCGGAAAUCCAGGAGAUAUCUUGCACAGAAACGUAUUCCACUGCCAGUUCCGCCUUUGGAAAUGAUGUAUAUUUGGAAUGGCUACGCAGUGAUAGGAAAGCAUAAAGAUCUAACAGAAGCAAUGCUGCAAACUCUGCUCCGGGCUGAGAAAUCUCUGGAAGUAGUCACAGCUUCUGAAUUCUUGAUAGAUGAUCAGUGUGUGGUGAAGCUGAUGAAAGGCCUUUGCUACAAGUAUCUGGGUCGAAUCCCUGAAGCAGUGAAGAGUUUCAGCUACAUACAACUCAAUGAGAAAAAGAUUAAAUAUGACCAUUACCUUAUUCCCAAUGCCAUGCUGGAGCUCGCCCUCCUGUAUAUUGAGAUGGAAAUGAAAGAGGAUGCCCUUCCACUUCUGGAAAAUGCCAAAAACAACUACAAGAAUUACUCCAUGGAAUCCCGCACACAUUUCCGGAUUCAGGAUGCUCUGCAACAAGCAAAAUCUGUCCCACAAAAUGGCUGCUGAGGAAUGGUGUUGAUCUAUCCCAGUCUUAUUUAUUUCACGUCCAGAGAAAAUAGGAGCAUUCAUUGGACAUCUCUAGAGCAAUUUCACAUCUGCAAAGCUAAAUCAACUGAUUGUCUCCAAGAAGAUGCUGUUUGGCAGGUUCCAUAACAAACUUCCUGACACCGUGGGACAGGCAUCACACUGCUGGGAGCGGGUAACACUAUUUGGUUGCACCUUAGUCUAUACAACACCAUAACUUUUUUAGUGGUUUUAUAAUCACUACAAAGAUCUGUAGGGACUGAGAGAUUCCAGGAACGCUUGAAUACUACAAAAUCAAUACCUUGACAGCAUACGUCGGCUGUGAGUGACUCAAUGCACUUUAAGAGAACAAUUAAUGGUAUAUAAUUAAAAAAUAAUUAUGAAAUGUCUAUUUAUAGACUAAACCUGAAAAGGAGCAAUUUCAAGCCUAGCAGUGUCUCGGUAUAAAAUCAAUGAAAGAUAAGUGUCUGCUCAUCAUCUGAACGUACUGUAUAUAUUUAUGAAUGAAUCUAUCGCUGCUAUCGAUAAAAAUGGCAUAUAACCGCGCUGCCCUAUUGACUAUGUUUGGAAUAGUAUGGCUGGAAAGUAUGUUCAUGAAUAAGAAGUGUCAAUAGUUUUGAGUCCUGCCCAGACUUAAAGUGGAAGUGUGCCAACUUGCAGCUGCUUCCUCUGCUUAUGAUAUCGACAAAUGUCAACGUGAUCUGUAGAACCCCAGUUGUGUUGCUUUGGAUUAAUCGAUGGCCCUGCAAGGAAUGAAACUGAAGCUAUGCUUAUACUUCCGGCAACCCUUGAAGAGACUGUGGUUCGAGAGAAAAAACAGAACUUAGCACAGCAUUGGUCACCUUGGCUGAAUACUAGAUUUCUAUGAUUCUAGUUUCUAUGAUAUUCUCUUCUGACAGCAGCCACUAUAUAUUCCUUAGGCCUGCUGCUUAUCUUGUUGCAGCUCAACUUCCACUUCCAGCAUCAGUAUACAUUCAGUGAUCCCCAACCAGUAGCUCGUGAGCAACAUGUUGCUCUCCAACCCCUUGGAUGUUGCUCCCAGUGGCCUCAAAGCAGGAGAUUAUUUUUGAAUUUGAGGCUUGGAGGCAAGUUUUGGUUGUAUAAAAACCAGGUGCACUGCCAAACAGAGUCUCAAUGUAGGUUUACAAUCCACAUGCGGCUACAAAUGGCCGAUCACAGCACUUAUUUGGCACCCCAAGAACAUUUUUCAUGCUUGUGUUGCUCCUCAACUCCUUUAACUUCUCAAUGUUGCUCACGGGUACAAAAGGUUGGGGAUCCCUGUAUGGACAUGCAGGAAGUUGUUAUUUAGCAAAAGCUGGAAGGUUGGAGGCUGGUCAUUAUUAUCUCGUAGCUUCUUGGAAGUCUAACAUAGUAGAAGGGCCAUUGGAAGUAAGAAGGAAGCUUAUGUCUUAGUAACACUUUUUGUAAUUAUUAUUAUUAUUAUAUCUUAUUGUGAUAGUUGAGAAACAAGAGUUUCAGGCUAUCUUAAUGUAAAGCAAUUUCAAGCUCACAUGUGAUGACUCCCAUUAUGAAUAUAUUUAAGACAUUUUGUGCAUACAGCUACUAAAAACUAUACAAAGUAAUCCCUGUUUUGUUUAAAGGGUAAGGCAUUUUCAGUAGCAGUAUGCACAAAAUGUCUCAAUGUCUUAAAUAUAUUGAUCAUGGGUUGAGUGCAGAGGACUCUUGUAUUUGUCUAUGUGAACCCAUUGUGGACCAGGUUUUGAGAGAAGAUGAAAAUUUUCAAGUGGAGUCUUUUCAUUUAUCCUCAUAUUUUAAAAAGGACACAAACACUGAAAUAAAAUCCACACUACAGUAAGAACUGUAAACUCAAUAUCUUAAUAGCUAAGGAGGCCUUAUUGGAAUGGUCCCAUGGGCAGCAGCUGCUGCUUGCCUUUUAGAUUAAAACCCUUCAAAUAUACCUGAAAACUUGUCUGUGAACCUGCACAUUCCAGUCUGUACUUUUAUAUAUGUACAUAUAUUUAUUUCAACUUAACCGCUAUUAUUUCAAGUUACCAUUUCAUCUCCUUUAAGGGAACCUUUCUCAAGACUAGUCUUCAGAAAGGUUCCUGUAGUAGAAGCAAAAGGUUAACCUAUAAUGAAUGAUGGUGAGAGAAUGAGAUGUAAUGAGAGAGUAGGAAUUUAUUCAAAUGGCAGUGGUAAUAAAAAGACAUACAGACACCCAUUUUAAUACAAGCAGGUAUUAAUAUGUUUUAUUCACAGCAGGGUUUUCUCCACAAAGCAACACACUUGAAUUUUACACUUUAUUUGCAACAAUUGAGAAUUAAUUCUUCUGAAACCAGCACAGACACUGGUCCAGGCUGAAUAUAUAUAUAUAUAUAUAUUCAUAAUCUGGUUAAUUCCUUAUUCCUACUUGCACAGCUGCUCCACUUCACUCCCAAUAAAAAAUAUGAUGUUGAAAGUAUUUAGGUUUCCAGGAGAUUACACUGGUGUCAUGUCUUGCCCCUCUUUGUUUCAGGUUUAUAUAUUGUACUAGAUUAACAUGCCUGUACAAGUUUGCACUAUACAUCUAAUGCAUGCACAUACACAGCCACUUUAUUUAAGUGCAUUUAAAAGAUUAAAAGGCUCUACACCAUCUUUAUCAACCUGUCAUUAUGCAAAAAGGAGGGAAAAUAACUCUUAAACGAAAGCUCCUUGGUUCAAGUACCUUCUGGUCUGACUGUAUUUCCUGCUCCUCCCUUUUGGUCUUUUGUAUAUAUUUGAGUUGGGAUGUCCCCUGAUUGUUGGGGUUUCCCUUGUCUGCCUAGGGUUGUGGGCUCACAUUUAACUUGAUUCAGUGAAUAAAUGUCCCCAUGUAGAACAAAAAAUGAUACUACACCAAGUUGAAUAUUUGUAAAAAGAAUAUUUAAUGUUACCUUUAUAUAUUUUUGUAUGUAAAAUGUUUAUAUAUGAGAAUACAUGUGCCAAUUUAUACCAGCAUAUUCACUGCUAAGUUAA